CGAAUGUUGUCGGCGCCUCUCUUGAUCGGAGAUCAACGGUCGUUUAAACGGACGGCGGAGAUCGUGCGGCGCCAUGGAUUUCUCAAUUCAAUUUCGCUUCGGUAACUACAGUCGAAGUCAAGAAAAUCCUUCUGUUGCCGUCGUCGUUCUUCCGCUCCAAGCAAUUCAUCGAAGUUAGUAUGGAGCAAGCACUGUGGAGCCAUUUACCAGUAUUGUUAAGGGCCAAUUCCAAAGACUCUAUUGAAUUCAUUCUUCAAGCCCUAUGGAGAACCAGAAAAACCGGUCUUCAAUCUGCUGAUAGAUGCAUCAUCCAAGACAUGCUCCAACUGGAAAAUGACUCUGACCUCGAUCCACUUCUGGUUUGCCUCAGAAUGUUAAUCAGGAGAUGCGUUUAUGAAAAUACCUCCAAGGAUGAUAUUCCAAAGUUGUUUCCUGGAGAAGUUCUGCCUGAAUUGCAAAAACUAUUGACACUUUUGUUGCAGAAGUUUCAGCGAGAGUGGCAAGAAGACGUGUUGAAAGAUCAGGGUACAAGUAUUCAGAAUGUCGUGCCCGGAUUAAAGGAAAUGACAUGGAAUAUGGUAAAUCGGGAUACAGAAUCGUCAGAUCCUGCAGCUGUUAUUAAUUUGAAGCUUCAAAAUGAUGCUCAAUUUCACUCGGGAGACCUGGACGUGAAGUUCCAGUUGGCUACAUAUUCGCUAGAGAUGAUGCUAAAAACCAUGCACAAUAUUAGAGACCAGUUUUCAACCAUGGAUGAGGCGCCAAAAGCGAAUUAGUACGGGAAAGCAAUAGAGUUCCACAGAUAUAUCUCACAAAGAAUGGUACACUAGAUGGACUCAGAUGACAAGCCUGUGGAUGGAUAGUAGUCGCAGUAUCAUUCGGUUUAAAGCAUUAACUGACCAGAUCACCCUGUUGUUUACUGCUAUAGUCACUUUUUGGAAGAGAAAAUUCCAAUGCCCUCUUUAAGUGUAAAUACAAAGAGAGAAAAUACAAUAUGCCAAUGCCCUCUUUAAAUGUAGAAUCACUCUUUUUCUUUUUAUUUGUUCAGUGGCACAUUGUUGUACAUUGCUUGGGGGCAUGAUAAACCCCUGCUGACCAUUCUAAACAAUGGGAGAUUAUGUAAUUAUUGAUAACCUUACUCCUUAAUGAAAAUGACCUUUCCUUUA